UUGUCGGCAGGAGAGAAGGGAGGCAGGCGUGAGAGAAAUUGAGAGAAGGACGACAUACAUACACCGUUUACUUACUUACUCCACAUCGAGACUUUCUCUCUCCAGAAGCAGAACAAGAUUUCACUUGCGAUUCAAAUUCCGUGCGAAAAUAUCAUAAAAACAUUUCCCCGUCUUGUUUGCAGUAGUUCUUCUCUUCUCUUAUCGUUAAGUAACGGAUUUUAUGACUGGUUUUGUCGCAAUACAGGACGAGUGGUGAAAUAAUCGUGAAAAUCUAGCAAGAUUUCUAAUAAACGAAAUACAACAGUUUCCUCCAAUGAAGUGAAAGCAAGGUUUAAUUUAAAUUUGUGAUACUGGAUUUGCUUAGUGUAAAUAAAUCCCUCUAAAACUUGAACCAAGAGUUUAUUUAGUUUAGUAAAUUGCAGUCUGGUCUGGUCCCACUCGGGGAUCUUAUAAUAUUCCCAAAUUUGUCCAAGCCGGACGGGAAAGCAAACCGACCGAGUGGAAAUUGUUUGUAAUGAAUUCCGACGUAAGGACAUGAUUCGCUUUACUUUACGCGAUUGAAUUGUGGUUUCGAACUGUGACGUUGGUGUGAGAACUUGGGCUUAUUUUGUGGCGUGAAGGAAGGAACAGAAAUUUGUUUGCAAUCUAUCAAACUUUUAAUUAAUUUCGAAAUUAAUUGUAAUUUGGUUAACAAAUUGGAAUAAGAUGUGGUCCUCUUAAGAAAAUCGUUUCCUCUUCUUCCCCCCACCAUAUUUUGAAGAAGCGGAACCACCACGAGAAGAAGAGCGAAUAAACCAACGACCACGACCACCUAUUGAAGUUGUUCCUAAGUCGUGUAGAAUUUCGCCAUUGAGUGAAAGCCCCGGCUCAACUCAACCCUCUUGAUGAUAUCCUUUGAUGUGUGCAAAGAUGAUGAUGAAAUAGGUGUCAUCGCUUUUUUGUGGGAUGGCUUUCUAGCGAAAAACUAAAAGCCAUCGUCCCACUUUCACCAUUGAUUCGGAGAAAAGAAGAAAGUGAAAGUAUAAGACGGAAGGAUUUCGAAAUUUAGCGUUUGACACGGUGAAAGUCGAGUUGAAUGACAAUCCUCUUCCAUUUCACAAUUCAAAUUUUGAAUGGUUGGUGAUUCGGAUUUAUUACGAUCUCCUCUGCCACGAAUUCGUGUACAUAUUUCGCGUCCGGUGAAGCGAAAGGAAUUUUGGUUUGAUGAGUGCUCUCCAUUUUUAGUGUGUUCUUCUGUGUCUGUGUGUUCAAUUGAAAUCUGGGAGAAAGUGGAAGGAAUAAAAUUACAGUAAAACCAGAACCAAAGAUUUUACGAGUUGUUCUCGAGUUCCGUCCAGAUUGUUUUCUGAUCGGAGAGGAGAUCUAUGUACGUGUCGUCGUUUUUGCCGUGUCGUAAAACAGAGGGGUGAAAAGAGAACGGAUGUUGGUUGACAUUGCAUCACGACUACUUUCUCCUCCUCUUCCCGGUGCACGACAAGAAGUGACCUCACAUUUACCCCCAACCCGAAACGAAACCAUACUCUUUAAACGCAAUGGGGCGAAACUUUGCUGGGGAUCAAAUGCAGAGAAGAAUGUGAAGAGAUAAAAGUAAACAACUGAUUAGUCCCCGAGACAAGAUGACGACCUCAUUAUCUUCCCCUUCACGACAAGUGUUAAAUGAUCCGAAUUCGUAAAUAGGCCCGAUUUCGUUCCCAACCCGUGGCGGAAUAAUGUCAAAUUAGACGACAACGACGACCGCCAGCCAGACAGUUUCUUCUCCAGUCUAAUUAUCAACAUCAACAUCACGGCUCGCAAUGGUGGUUCGGGUGUUUGGUGGUGGUGGUGGCCCUCAUCAUCAACUUGUUUCUUCUCCCCGUCUCGUUGAGGACGACACAGUUUUUUGCAAGCAGCAGCAGCAGGCUUUCACCAAAACUUUGUUGGAACGCAGAACUCCUCAUCAUCUCCACUCAUGGCAUGGCGACAGCGUAUUGUUUCUACUACCAGCAGCACCACCACCACCACCAUCACCACACCCACAACAAGCCCGAGUUGAAAGGAAGCAGGCUCCCCAAUCUGUUGUCUUUGAGGCCAAUUAUAGAAACAAUAAUAAUGGCCUUAUUCGGAAUGGCUUGGUUGCUCAAGAUGAGAGCAGAUAUUAGAACGAGUGGGAAUAGGCAUACAUUGUGCCAGUGUCACCAUCAUCAACAUCCACACUACCAUCCCCGCCACCACCCACUUCACCCACGUCACUCUUCGUCUGACCAGUGUCACUCCGAGUACGACUCUUACCCCACGACCGAGUUGGAUGACGGGCUCGUCCUCGAGCUCAAAGAAAGCCAUCGCCAGAAAGACUCGCCAAGAAGUUCUGGUCUGGCUCAGAACCAACAAAGUAACACUAGCAGUCGCCACAACCACUGUGCCUGUCCACCAGAUCCACAUUACAAUAAACAACAAGAUGGUGGCUUUAAACCACUCAGAAACGGUGGGGUCGGGCUGGAGCGGCUCCUCUCCACGAGGGACAACAAUGGCCGGGUCAUGUGCGACCUCGUCCUGGCAAAUGCGAAAGGUCCCCAAGAGGGUCAAGAUGCCGGUGGAACCGCCACUUUGGGCGGGUCACGAAGAAAAAUGGUCCAACAACAGCAACAACAACGACGAUUCCGCGAUAGAAGUUUGGACAGCUCGGAUAACGAGCAUUAUCAAGGUCACCCGGGUAACAGUGACGUCCGCCGGGGUGGGUCCCUCUUUGGUUGGAAACCUCGCCGAGGUCAAAGCCAAAGUGAGGGUGACCUCUCCCUCGACACUCCUCUACCCCCACCCCCACCACCUCCCUCCCUUAAACGAAGGGUAUUCAACCACACAGGGUCAAAAUCACCCUCUCCAUACUACGACUGUGAUCCCUUCUCGUGUCCGUAUGGACCCCCCUCCGCAUCCGAGCUUCGUUGUCUGUGUCCCCCAAAUCCGUGCUGUGAUCCCCAAUAUUUCCAACAGACAACAUCUGGACAACAAGGUGGUAGUGGUAGUGGUGGGAAAGAUGCUAAAAAGGCUCCUCCCCAGUUACAAGGAAUCCUACGAAAUUCCAACUCUUCCUCUGUCCGAGGAGAUCGACAGAUGCAAACUUUCCCAUCUGCCUCAAUCUCCACGUCCACCUCGACCGACUGCUCGCUGCUCCCACCACCACCCCCACUGCUGGAUCUGGAGCAGCAGCAGCACCAGCCCGACCGUUUUCUAACAGGAGGGAGACAAAGACAUUCAAUGCCGUCCGAAUUUUACGAUGCUUCUCUAGCUUAUUGUCAAUGUGACGACUUUUACAACAGAACACUUCCAUUACCCAGCGUGAGCGCGGGUGUGCUCGACUAUGGUGGGUAUGAUCCCACCCUGACUAUGACUUUGGCUAAUAGCCCAUCCAUGUUCACCUAUGGAGGACCUAGUCCGGCCGGUGGUGGUAUCAGUAACAGUAACAGUAACGUUAACUCCUUUGAUGACUGUAAUCCUUUGGAUCCGCUUAUGUACAACGCCGCGCCACCGAUGGGAAAUGGACCUUUAAGUCUUCCGUUAAAUUUAAAUCGCUCUCCAAGAGAUAUCCAAGAGUUCUACGAGCUGACUUUGCUGGACGAUACUAAAAGCGUGCAAGAAAAGACGCAAGAGACAAUUCGUAUAGCUUCAAAAUGGGAGGGGUCCGAUGGUCCGAUGCCCCUCCUGAAUGCGGUUCAGGCCCAAAAAACAUCUUCUUACGGGGACGAGAACAUGGGCCUUCCACCCGUGAAGGAUUACCAAAUCCGACAACAAUUGCCAUCCGCGAUUUCGGACAUUUUGGACUCGACGACCAUCAUCUCAGGUCAACGGUCACCCUUCACCCAGCACAACGUUCCCGCUCCGGCGCACCAUAAUGGAAAGGAGAUCCCGAAAAGCCCAAAGGCAAGCUCGGGUGGGGAAAGUUGGCGGCUGGAUAGCACUCCUGCUUCUGGAGGUGGCUUCUCACCUGUUGACUUUUCUCCAGAUGCGAAACAUACGAGCAACGGGAGCGAGGAGGAGUUUGUCUAUGAAGAAAUCGUACUGGAGAGGGGUAGUUCUGGGCUUGGAUUUAGCAUCGCUGGCGGAACGGAUAACCCCCACGUCGAUAAUGACCCGUCAAUCUUUAUCACGAAACUCAUUCCAGGUGGAGCAGCCGCGAUAGAUGGACGCCUUCGGAUCGGGGAUGUGAUUGCUCGUGUCAAUAACGUUUCUGUAGUGGAUGUAACUCACGCUUCGGCGGUGGAUGCGCUCAAGCGGGCUGGAAGCACUGUUCGUUUGCAUGUGAAACGUAAACGACCAAAGAUGGCUGGUCCACGGUUCUUGGAGAUUGAGCUGUUAAAAGGGAAUAAAGGAUUGGGAUUCAGCAUCGCGGGUGGAAUUGGCAAUCAACACAUUCCUGGCGAUAAUGGAAUUUACAUAACCAAAAUAUCCGAAGGUGGUGCUGCAUACGCUGAUGGACGACUUGCCGUCGACGAUAAAUUGAUAGCCGUUCGCCACACUCCGACUGGAGACAAAAACUUGGAAAAUGUGACCCACGAGGACGCCGUUGGGGCACUAAAGGCGACUGAAAAUCGGGUAGUUCUCCUAGUGCAAAAACCAGAUCCAUCAUCCGCUGCUGGUGGUACUGGAUCCAUCCUGAUUGAAGGGGCUCGAACACCUCCUCCUCAUUCUGGAGUAACGCACCCGACACAUCAUCAAUCUCAACAAACGGAUUUUAAGCGAAUGACAACUCCUCCACCGGCAAAGCCAGUGACCCCGACGCCAACCCAAUCUCAAUCCCACAUGACGAUGGGCUCUGCCACAAGUGAAGAACGAAUAGUGAGUGGGACACAAAGUCGAACUUCCGUUUCGAGUACGAGUGGAGAUCGCGGUGGUCUUAGCUCCGCCACGUCGAGAGCCCUCUCGGACGAAGAUAUACCCAGAGAACCUCGCAUCGUGGCCUUGAACAAAGGGGCGUCCGGACUUGGCUUUAACAUCGUGGGAGGGGAAGAUAGCGAAGGCAUUUUUAUCUCUUUCAUCCUGGCUGGCGGCCCGGCAGAUCAGUGUGGCCAGCUAAGGCGUGGAGAUCAAAUUAUUACUGUUAAUGGACACGAUAUAAAAGCUGCGAGUCAUGAGGAAGCCGCACACGCGUUAAAGAACGCUGGACAAAACGUGAACUUGUUGGUGCAGUAUAAGCCCGAGGAAUACAAUAGAUUUGAAGCCAAGAUUCACGACAUGAAGCAGAGCAUAAACUCUGCAUGCCAAUCGGGAAGCUUGAUGCGGACUUCACAAAAGAAGACAAUGUACGUUCGUGCUCUAAAUGAUUUCGACCCUGCGAAGGAUGACAAUUUGCCCUCUCGGGGGUUGGCAUUUCAAUUCGGUGACAUUCUUCAUGUUACCAACGCUUCUGACGAUGAGUGGUGGCAGGCGAAAAAAGUUCUCUCCAAUGGACAAGAGGAAGGAAUAGGAAUCGUGCCCUCAAAGAAGCGAUGGGAAAGGAAACAGAAGGCGAGAGAUCGUUCCGUAAAAUUCCAGGGAAGAAGCCCAACCACGGAAUCAAAAUCACUAGAGCAAAUGUCAAUGUCGACGUUGGAAAGGAAAAAGAAAAAUUUCUCUUUCACCCGAAAAUUCCCAUUUAUGAAAAGCAGGGAUAACAUUGAUGAUGCAUCGGAUGAACAGAGUACUCCUGGUCCUGAUGGUGAUACUUCAAGCAUUCCGUACGUGGUGUACAUGCAAGAUGAUAGAUUAGAAGAAAUGGAUUUUGCAGCUGGGGAAGAUGUCGCGCUGUACGAGGGAGUGCAGCAAGCAGCCAUAAAUUACGCUAGACCCGUCAUAAUUCUCGGCCCUAUGAAGGACCGCAUUAAUGACGAUUUAAUCUCCGAAUUUCCUGAACGAUUCGGUAGCUGUGUGCCACACACUACGCGGCAACGCCGUGAGUACGAGGUUGAUGGACGUGACUAUCACUUUGUCAGCUCAAGAGAACAAAUGGAACGUGACAUUCAAAGCCAUCUUUUCAUUGAAGCUGGACAAUACAAUGACAAUUUGUAUGGGACAAGUUUGUCUGCCGUGAAAGAGGUUGCAGACAAGGGAAAGCAUUGCAUUUUGGACGUUAGUGGGAACGCAAUCAAAAGACUCCACUCGGCUCAGCUCUACCCCAUCGCCAUCUUUAUACGACCAAAAUCUGUCGAGUCCAUUAUGGAUAUGAACAAAAGAACGACGGAGGAAAAUGCAAGAAAAACAUUUGAGCGAGCACAAAAGACGGAGCAGGAAUUCGUCGAGUACUUUACCGCCAUCGUGUCGGGAGACACUCCCGAGGAGAUUCAUGACCAAGUAAAACAAGUCAUCGCUGAUCAAGGCGGUCCAAAUAUAUGGGUUCCUUCCAAGGAAAAGAUAUAGAAAUCACAGCAGUAAUCUCUCCCCCAAAAAUAUCCCACCUACCCGUAUCCUACAUUAUUCCAAAGUAAUGAAUCCAAACGUUUUCUUCUGAAACAUCACGUUAUAAUACACAAUCAUGGAAUAACAUCAAAAACCAAUGGCCAAGAAAAAGUAAAGACACCCAGCAGUUCAGAGUGUACUACGUUCUACUACUUAUUGGAUUUUUGUUGAAUCGCAUGUCACGUCAGUUUUCCAAAGAAGAUAAGAAAAAAAUGUUUGUCAUCACAGUUUAAAAAUCAUCAAAAUCGUUAAGUAAAAUUAUAAAGUAUUAUGAACGAUCGCAAUUUUAUCCUUAAAAAUGUUGUGACUCAACAAUGAGAUCUUAUUCUGAAUAUAUUAUAUAUACAAUACAAUACAAUACAGAUAUAUUAAUUAAUUAUCAAGUUUUUAAAAUACAAGUUUGUUUACACACUACUAAAUUUAUGAUCAAGAGGACGGAUGGAAAAUGUUUUGCCAUUAUCGUUCCGCUUACUAUAUAUUUUCCAGGUUGAGUUUUAAUUAAUUUUAUUUUUCUGCAUUACACUUAUUUUAAAUAUGCAACUCCUUUUAAGAAUUUCCUUGAUUUUGUACCGGAUUUAAAACCAAUUUUAAAGCAAUUUUAAUUUACUCUGAGAUAAAAAAAAUAUUCGACAAGAGUUCACUAUUCCAAGAAAGAGAUGAUGUCAAAGUCUAAUAACUCUAUGUAAAAGAGUACCUAAAAAUAGUGUAAUAUGUAAUUAUUAAUAUAGAAUUUUAUCCAAUCGUAUCUUGAGACGUAUGUUGCAUGCACGUACAUAUGUUGUCAUUGUUGUGAAAGUACAGAAGUAUGCAUGUGUAGGAAGAUAUAGAGAAAGUUAUUAGUAGUCUGUAUUACUACAAUUAAUUAACUAAUUACGAGUAGUACGACUAAUCUACUAAAUAUUAUUAAACCAGAAAUCACUACCAAUACCCAUCACUCCCACUUUUACCUUACAUACCUUAUGCAAAAAAGCCAAGGAUAAUGUCAAAAAAUUGUCAAAAGAAACUCUGACCUUAUUGUAGAGUUGUGAAAUGAGCAUGUUUAUUUCACAGAAUAAUUAAUUAACACAGUGUAAAAAGAAUUAUGUACGUAUAAUUAUGAUGCUUUCACUGUCUCAAGUUAAUUUUAAUUAUUUUACGUGUAUGCAUUACGGAAUCCACAAAGAUCUACUGUACAUGAAAAAAUAUUAAUGGAUCAUAGUCAACCAAAAUGUAUGAAAAUUUUAACGUGGGUGUAGGAAUAAUUGUAAAUUGUGUUAAAAUCAAUCAAUCACAAAUGUAACUUUCCUUUCUCCUUAAUACAAAGUUUACAUAUCUGCAACUCUGUUAUACUACGUAAAACAUGAAGCGAUUCCCUGCGUGUUGUCAUAAUUUGUAAAUCAAAUCAAUUAUUUACCGUUAAGUACACACACACUGUUUGCAAUUCCUCACCAAAUUCUAUUGAAAAUCUACCUAUUUAAUAAUUAACGAUACUACAUAUUGAUUAACACGAGUCACGCACCUCACUCACUAUUAAUACACUAAACCUACCUGUUGAUGUUGCUAUUAUCUUAAUUAAUUAAUACAUUUAUUAACCACACUAAUUAUCAAUAAUUCGAUAAUGAUGCUAAUAAUGGUAACUAAUAACUAAACAAGAAAAAUAUGUAUCCCGAUGUAUCGAAAUUCGAAAGAAAGUCUAGCUAAAAUCCGAGUGAGCAAGUAAUCAAGUAGCUUCUUUUAAUUAUGGGAGUGAAAUUUUCAUAUUAAACUUUAAAGAAACCAUUAUAAUUCCAACCCUGUCUGAAUGGAGGAUAAAAAACUUUAUAAAAUUAUUCUAGGGUACAAACGUGUAAUAAGAUAAAGAAUAUGUAAUACUGCUAGGUUUUUAAAUAUUGACGAUGACAAAGAAAUGUUCAUCAUGAAGAAAAGAAUUGUUAUGUAAAUAUAAUUAUUGAUCAUUUAAAGUUAUGAAGAAAAGUACAGAAUUGGAUUGGACGUGUGGGGGAAGCAGAAAUGUUUAGGAGAAAUAAAUAAAGAUAAUACUACUUUG